AAAAAAUUGGUUGGGGCUAGGAAGGGACUAAAGAAUAAUUUCUCCAUUUCCAUGGGAAUUUUUUCUUCAUUCCUGUGUAUACUAUCCCAAACCAGAUUUAUUUUCCUAUUUCUCAGUUCCCAAGCUAUCUCAAAAGAGAAGCAGGGCUCCUUUCGCUCCAACUCCGUGUUCACUGCAUCGACUCAGCCAUGGACACACAAGAUGGAACUCAGCAGUCACAGCAACUCAUCCUUGCUCACAACGUCUUCCUCCUCAAGCAUCCAGACGUCUCUGACAUUGAGAAGGUCCGUCUCAGGGAUGAGGUCCUCAACUCGGUCCAAUCCAAUGAUAUGACUUCAUAUUAUGAAACCCUCGUUACUGAUGAAGUGUUGGAGCUGGAUCAGAGCCUUUUGGAAUCGAUGCGUGCCAAGAAUGAGGAGGAGAUUAAGAAGCUUGACGAGAAGAUUGCUGAUGCUGAAGAAAACUUAGGUGAAAGUGAAGUUCGAGAAGCACAUUUAGCAAAAUCCUUAUAUUACAUUCGGAUAGGUGAAAAGGAGAAAGCAUUGGAGCAACUGAAGUUGACAGAAAGCAAGACAGUUGCUGUUGGCCAAAAGAUGGACUUGGUUUUCUAUACUUUGCAAAUUGGCUUGUUCUAUAUGGAUUUUGAUCUUAUUUCCAAGAGCAUUGAUAAAGCAAAAAACUUGUUUGAAGGAGGGGGUGACUGGGAGAGGAAGAACCGUUUAAAGGUGUAUGAAGGCUUGUAUUGCAUGUCCACUCGCAAUUUUAAGAAAGCUGCCAAUCUAUUUUUGGAUUCUAUUUCAACCUUCACAACUUAUGAACUUUUCCCUUAUGACACAUUCAUAUUUUACACCGUGCUUACUAGCAUCAUAUCAUUGGAUAGAGUUUCCCUGAAACAAAAGGUGGUUGAUGCUCCUGAAAUCCUGACUGUGAUUGGAAAAAUUCCACAUCUUUCGGAAUUUUUAAACUCUCUAUAUGAUUGCCAGUACAAAUCUUUCUUCUUAGCCUUCGCUGGCCUGACGGAGCAGAUAAAACUGGACCGAUAUUUGCAUCCUCAUUUCCGGUUUUACAUGAGGGAAGUCAGAACUGUUGUUUACUCUCAAUUUCUGGAAUCCUACAAAAGUGUUACGACUGAAGCUAUGGCAAAGGCUUUUGGAGUGACGGUGGAGUUCAUUGAUAUGGAGCUAUCCCGUUUCAUUGCAGCAGGGAAGCUUCAUUGCAAGAUUGACAAGGUUGCUGGUGUUCUCGAAACUAACCGCCCUGAUGCGAAGAAUGCUCUUUACCAAGCCACCAUUAAACAAGGUGACUUCUUACUAAACCGGAUCCAGAAGUUGUCACGCGUCAUUGACCUAUGAAGUAUUUAGUCACAUUAAACAGUUCCAAAGAACUAUGAAAAUAGGCUGUUUCAGAACUGUUUUUACUAGGCUGAGAGGCUUCUUAGCAAGUUGUUCACAAGUUCCCGUUUUAUAGGAGUUCACCAUUUUUACUCUAUGCUAUUCAGAUUCUAGUUCGAGCGUUUGACACAAACCUAUCUUUUAAAGUUUCUUUCCGUACACACAUUCUGCGGUAGAAAAGCUACAAAAUAGUAUUUACAGCAUCAUUAUGUUGAGAAACUACUGGUUUUCCUAUAAUCUGUGAAAUAUUUUAAAA